AUGUUUGCGAAGCUUCUGACUAUCGCCGCUGCGGUGACUGCCGUGUCUGCGGAGGCCGCACCGGGCUAUAGUGGGUGGAAUACUAUUUGGACCGAGACGUUUGCUGGGUCCGCGGGACAGCUGCCCAAUACGGGCAACUGGAACAUCAUCACCGGCACCAGCGCCAACAACGAAUGGCAAACCUACACCUCCUCGACGCAAAACCUGCAGCUAAGCGGCGGCGCAACGCUGCAGAUCGUGCCCCUCGAGUCCGCCUCAGGCGCGUGGACAUCCGGCCGCGUCGAGUCGACCUACACCUUCACGCCGACGGCGGGCCGGCAGACCAUGGCCGAGGCCAAGAUCCGGUUCGGCUCUAACGCCGUGGCUAACAAGGCCGGGCUGUGGCCCGCCUUUUGGACCCUCGGCGACUCGAUCCGCCACGGCACGGCGUGGCCCGAGUGCGGCGAGCUGGACAUCCUGGAGACGGUCAACGGGCUGCUGACGGGCUACGGCACCGUCCACUGCGACCAAUACCCCGGCGGGGCCUGCAAUGAGCCGACUGGUAUUGGGGGGUCUAUUGCGAUUCCUGACCAGGGAUGGCACACGUGGCGCAUCGUGUGGGAUCGCCGCGCCAGCGUGUGGACGGGCGAGACGAUCACGUGGUUCAUGGACGGGACGCAGUUCCAGCAGGUCACGGGGGCGCGCAUCGGCAACCAAGCGGUCUGGAAUACGCUGGUGGCUUCGCCGCUUUAUUUUAUCCUUAAUGUUGCUGUGGGUGGGGACUGGCCGGGCGCGCCGAAUGCUAAUACGCUGGAUGGGUAUGGGAGCAUGAUGGAGGUUGAUUACGUGGCGCAAUACCUGUCUUCGUGA